AUGCCGUCGAUCACCAGAGAAGUCCUUGUUCCCCGCGUCACCAAGUUCACAAACUGCCGUAUCCCCAGUAGGCAGAAGCUGAUCGAGCAAGACCUUUGGGUUGAUUCUGUCACUGGCAAGAUCUUACAGGGCCAACACGCCUUUUAUGAGGAUAAGGUGUGUCCUGACCAGAUCAUUGAUCUGGGCGGGCGUAUCCUUGCACCAGGGUUUAUCGAUGUACAGAUAAAUGGUGCAAACGGGUUUGACUUUUCAGUCCCCCAGCCGACAAAGAAGAUCUUCGAUGAGGGACUGAGGGAGGCUGCUCAGGCAUUGGUGAAAAUGGGAGUGACAUCCUACUUGCCCACCGUCACCAGCCAGAGUAAAGAAGUAUAUCCAAAGGUUCUUCCAUCCCUAGGACCAUCAGGUCAUCGCCGUCGUGCAGAAGAUGGGGCAGAGUCCCUCGGCGCUCACGUUGAAGGCCCAUUUCUUAGCCCAGGAAAGAAUGGCAUACAUAAUCCCGAAGUUCUCAUCGCUGCCAACGACGUCAACGACGUCAUCCAAUGCUAUGGACUAGAGAACUUCUGCAAGAGCCAAACUCCACCGGGCCGCAUGCCUAUCAAGAUGAUAACCGCCGCUCCCGAAGUGGGCAACAUGCUUUCUCUCAUACCAACAAUUCAGUCUCAGAACAUUCUCUAUUCAAUCGGCCACUCGGAUGCAACAUACGAACAGGCCAUGGCCGCAGUUUCAAAGGGCGCUACCAUGAUCACCCAUAUGUUCAACGCCAUGAGACCCUUCUACCACCGUCAUCCAGGUAUCUUUGGCCUUCUGGGGCAGUUUGAACAGCGUCGUCCGUUCUACGGUAUCAUUGCGGAUGGAAUCCAUCUACAUCCAACCAGCAUUCAGAUAGCAUACAACGCCCAUCCAGCUGGUAUGAUCCUAGUGACGGAUGCGAUGAAGCUAUGCGGUAUGCCAGACGGUAUCUAUGAGUGGACCAACGGCGACCGAAUCGUGAAACAAGGCGCAAUGCUCACUCUGGAGGGAUCGGAGAAGCUAGCUGGAAGCUCCGCUACUUUGAUUGAGUGUGUGAACAACUUCCGCCGAUGGGCUGGAGCAAGGACAGUCGAGGCGAUUGCCGCUGUCACCGAGACUCCGGCGAAGAUGUUGGGUAUCCUUGAUAGGAAGGGUAGCUUGGCCCCAGGCGCAGAUGCAGACCUUGUGGUGCUUGGAGAAGACAGGCCUGCAGAUGGAGGUAUGGGCACAUUGACCGUUGACCAGGUGUGGAAGUUCGGCGUCAAGGUAUUUGACACGGAGAAGGUUUAG